AUGGAAGCAGUGAAACCCAAGGCGAAGAAAAAGUCAAGCAGUAAAAAACCUCUACCGAAGCCAGCUUCCGUUGAGUUGCCGGAAGUGGAACCUUUUGUUGAUUUAGAGUCAGAAGAGAGAGAGGGACCAGCCUCAUCAUCACCAACAGUUUCACUACCGGUAGCGUUAUCGGAGUACAAUCAGACAACACAAGACAAAGAAGAACCCCUUAGCAACAAACCUGAACAAUCGAUUAAUCCAGAAGCCGUUGAAGAACCUACGUCACAGGACACUGGAACAACACCAAUACACGAUGAAAAGACUGAUGCAGAAUUGGGCACCGAUUUCGCCCCAACUGCUCCUCCGCCAUGCAUUGCACCAAUCACCACUCUAUCCACCAUGCUCUAUCCGGAUCUGAGUCAGCUCAAACUGGAAGCAAACAUCGAGCAAACGAUAAUUCCCCAAGCAACGAACGCGAUCAAACAGAGCUGUAUUAGCGUACCGCGUACUCGCACGCUCUAUUUACAGUGUAUUCAGCAAAUGGAGGACACAUCCCUGCAGACCGACCGGGACCAUUUAAACGCAAUGGAGCAACAGUUUGUGGUGUCGGAAAAUCCGCACGCUGUUGCUAAAGACCCGGGUGGCUAUCAUGGCGAUCUGUAUCUGUCCAUACAAUCGUACCAUGCUGCGUAUCACAGCUACUGCAAAAUCGUUAAGGAGCAAGCGGUGACCCUCGAAGAAAUAUCCAUGCUGCGCAAUAGAUGUUGGAUCUUUCCAAAGGUAGAGUUUAGUGGGUCUGGAUACUGUGACGAUGGACGAAUGGUGGUUAUAUCACGUUACAGCCGUGUUGCCUCGCUGAACGUCGAAGCGUGCGAGGAAGCCAAGGGUACAAUGUCCUCCCUGGUAGAGCGAUGCGUCUCGAAAGCACAGGAUGCGCUAAUACUGCUGCAAUACAGUCGCUCGAUGGUGGAGAAGAAUGUAAGUGAUCCACCAACACCUGGUCAAGAUCGUACGCUUGUGUGGCGCAUUAAGCUACGCAUCGUUGGCAAUGCGUUGCGUACCGAGAUGCACCAGAACGGUUGUGACCAGGGUGAGCAGUGCGAAUAUGUGCAGGAUUUGCGCAAAUGGUUCUUGCAGUUGGGCACGCUGUUGCUACGAGCGGGUACCGUUGAUGAUCGCAUUUGGUUGAUGUUUCACGUGUUACGAUUCCCCAACGGCAUCGGUACCUGGGCCCAUGUGUUGGUGCAUCCACUUCCGUUCGCGAGCAUACAAUCGAGGCAUGCGCUGCCGGAAUGCGAACUGCAGGCUGUCCUCACUCUGAUGCACGUUCUGCUGCGGCCGAUCAGCGAGCGACAAACAUUCCUUGCGCCGGUCGAGGAUACCGUGGGACCGACGCAAAUACACCGCGGAGUCGGUACAGCGGCAGGGAAGGCCAGCGAUACCUUCGAAUGGGUCGAUAGCGACGGAGAGGAUAGCUCCACAGACAACCGGAUACGACCGAUCAAGGAGAGCGAUUUGCUGGCACUGCUCGAGCAAAUACCGUUUCUGCGACUGUUCGACACAAUUACAGCACGUGCGAUGCAUCGGGUGCUUAGCGGAGAUGUAAAGCAACUUCCCACCACCGAAAUGUUGCGUCUGAUCACGUUCGCCAACAAGGUGGUCGCUGUACUUGGCGCAGGAUUGUCCACGUACGGUGGCGUCGCACGGUACAGCCAUUUUGUGCAACGAUUAGCACUGCUCAUAAACGACACGGUAAAGUUCGUGAGUGACGUACUGCGCUUGUAUCGCGACACACACGGUACGCAAGCGUCGGAAGAGGUAGAGCUGGUACAGGUACAUUUCGAUACGCUCGUAUACGGUGCGGCACGCUGCAUCUACAGUGGUGGUGUAUCGCUGUCACGGCACCUAUCCACACUGCCGUUUGCAUUACUGAGUUCACGCGCCUGCUGGUGGGUGUUUCGUUGCUUGUUAAAUCGUAAUUUUAGCUUAAGUCCAGAUUUCGAGUCAGACGGAGAACAUCCUUCACACACCUAUUGCAAAGCAAUGGAACAGUUUGGCAAAGAGCUACCCAACGAGGCACCGCACGAUCUGUACAAUGUGCUGAGACCAUUCGUAGAUCUAGCGCUCGCAAGAGAUGCAUCCUGUGAUCGGGAAUUUAUUGCUACCAUCACGAAAACACUAUUUGAGCUGCUAGCAUCGAUUAGCGCUAACGAGCUGGUCUGUGCCGAGAUCAUAAUGGAGCAGAUACACAUGAUACUGGACCAGAACGCGAUCGUGCUUUCCACCCUGUUGCAAACGUUUGCCACGCACGAUACGCAACAAUCGCAAAUCACCGCUAAUGUUUGGCAAAUGAAGGGAACUAGACUGUUGGAGGUGUUUAGUGGCAAAAAGAAGCUGCUAAUGCGCUGGCACCCGACUGAGUCAGAUAUCAACGUAAUGCUGCAGAUGUUGCUGAACUACGCACGUACGCAUAUAUAUCAUAAGCUCGCGCUUGGACUGCUAAUGUACAUCAACUAUGGCGAUAUUAGCGGAUUAUGUGUGUCGCUACGGUGUCAAACGCGCAUCGCGUAUAGCGUCGUUGCAGCGUUUCGAAAGAACCAACCAGCGGCAAAAGCUGAACCGGACAGUGCGGAAUGGAUAGAGCACCAAAGCUACGAAGAGCGUUGCUUGUUGGUGUUGCUGCAGCUGCGAGUGCAUGCGCUCGAUCAACCGCUACCGAUCGUGCGUCAGUUAAUGCGUGAUCCGUCCACGGCCGACCUCCGACACGUACCUGCCCUCGACCAACUUCCGGACGUGAAGGCGGCUAUUGACGAACGAUGUCCGGUGGCGUGCCUUACCGCUUUGCUAACCACCACCACCGGCCACUGGGUGCCCGUAUUCUGUCAGGAUGGAGUGAAUCUGCUAAAACUGCUGCUGGAGCAGCGCCAUCUCGAUACGAUUGUCGUACGGUGCCUGGAGCUUAUCGGCAUUCUGUUUAUCGAAUGCCCGCAAGCAUUGUCCGAUAAUGAGCGGUUCAUCGCGCUGCUCGCACAGCUCGUGGAGAGCGACGACGAGCUAGACUGGUCGCAACAAAACAACGACGAGCAGCAACAGUCCAGCGUCGCACUUAAGUUGCUUGGGCAGGCAAAAAUUGGCAAAAUGGGUUCGAUGCUCGUUUCACAAGCAGUCUCCUACUGGCGAUGUGGAUACGCUACGCCACCACCGCUGAUCUGCAUGUGGUGUGAUUGGUUAACUCAAAUAUCUAGCUGGACCAAUAGUGCCAAGGUGUUGCGGUUGCUGAACGUACUAGCCGCCAUUUCAUUCGGUCACACCGAAGCUUGGAAUGCACUGCGCUUCAAAAUGUGUCCAUUUUUCAAGUCACUGUCCCAGGCGAAACAAAAGCAACCCGGCAUACAUUCGCUCUGGUCGAAAAUCAUCGGCACAGAGCCACCGUUACUGUACGGCACACUGCCGAGCGAUUGUGUUGCGCUGGCGCUGCUAGUGUACGGUAUCGAGCACCAGCAGCUGGAACUGGAGACGGCGCUGUGGGCGAAGCUGUUGCGCAUCCUCAAGCGUAACAAAACCAUCAAGCUGGAUGCGGCACUCAGGGAGGUGAAUGUGCAUUUGCCGAUGCGUGAGGAAGAUUUCUGUCCCUCGGUCGAUUCGCUGGUGUUCUUUAAGGUUGCUCGAUUUUUGGUGCGUGCCAACGUCGAACAUCCGCUGUAUCUGGCUGUCUGUCAGCAGUUCUUUACCAUCUACCUGACGCGCGUUACGGACGUUGGCGAUGGCGUGCACGGCGUUUCGGAUCGGCUGUACGGUUGGGAUACGGCAUUAAUGGAGAAAAUGAAGCAAAAACUUUGCAAUCUCGAAUUGCAUUACCACAGCCUGCAGGAAGCGAACAACGAUGCAAUUCCAAUGUUGCGACUAGUAAAAGCGUUUCAACUAUGGUUAAUUGAUACGGACCUGAAUCGCUUUGCCAUGGAUGAUCCCAUCAAUCUACCAGUGCAGUACGAUAAAGAUCACCUACAAGCGGCCCUUGCUGGUGCUGAAGAAUGUUGGCCUGAGUGCUUGAAUCGACAGAGCACAUUAACGAUCCACCGUAUCAUGAUGGAGCGCUGGUGCAAUCUGUAUCGAGCGGUACCAAACCCCCCAUCGGCCGAUGAUAAACCGUCCGUGGUCAAACAAUUACCCUCGCCGGUGCAAGCGAUACAACGGCGGUUGGAAAAUUGCUACACAACCUUGCCGCAGACACCGAUCGUAAAGGAAAAUGCCGAUUUGCACGAUCUUAUCGAUAUGCUGCGGAAACCCCCAAGCGUACGCGUGAAGCGUAUCACCGAGAGCUUACGGAUCGUAAAGCAGUACAUUGACAAAACGUACUGGUCGAUGAAGGCGGAACUGGACCAACGCCAACGCGAGCUAUUCGAGCUGUACCAGCAGUGGUACGUGAACGAAGACAAACAAAUCGUUGCGCAGAAGAAAUGCAACAUACUGUACUGCACCGGUGUCGCAUCGGUGAAGUUACAGACGAAAUGUGCCGCAAUAGACAAGACCGUAGAGGACCGUAUCACCGGUAAGCUAAACGGGUUGCAAAUAUCGCUGCAGAUGGUCAUCAACAUACCGCCGUACAUAAUGAAGCACACCAUCUUGCUGCGGGAGCUGUGGAACAGCCUGUUCGUAGACUACUGUACGGAGACGGACCAGGUAAAGGUGCAGGCACUGUGUGCCGCCAUCCGUACGAUGUUGCGCACGCUGCUCCACGAAGUGUCCGAUGCUAACUUCGUGCCACCGUUAACGUUUGUGGUGCGGUUCAGUAUGGAUACGUACAAAAGUGAUCUUACGAAUUUACUGCUUGAAGAGGUGUGUCAGUUGUUUGCCGACGCGGUGGAGGACGGUCGUAAACCAUCGAACGUGAUCAUGGCAAUGUUGGAUAAUUUUCUCCUACCGGUACGGCCACUGCUGCAGGUGUACAGUCAGCUGGUGAAGCAAAAGCAUGGCAGCCUGGAACGGCAACUGUUCGUAGAACUGUUCGGCGAAAAGCUCUGUCUACAGAGUUGGCUAAUGCAGCAUAGUGUCACACCAGAGGAUGUGGAUCAGUUUGCGAGGCUAAUAAUGAUUGGGCUUCACGCGACGGAUUGCGCUAGUCCGGUCCGUUCCGAAAAGCAAGCCGAAACGGAUACGCGGUUUUGCAACAUGUUAAUCUCCCAUCUGGUGCUGCUGGCCGAUAGCACAUUUCCGACGCAUUUCGGUAAAAUGUUGCAGCACACCUUAAACGCUUACUCCGAAUUUUCUACAUUGCCGCCGAUGAUGUUGCUCGCGCUGCUGAAUCUGCUCCGCUCCAGGGCGCACCUUCGCGAACUCACACUUGGGAUGGCGGAGAGCUCACUGCAAACAGCACACCGUGAAUUUGCCGAAUCAAACUGCCAUCAAACGGCGGUGCUGAGCGCGAAGCUGUUGAACCAUUUAAUGGUAGCAGUGACGGAACACUUUGCACGCCAGCGCGAUUUUGCGUGCCAAUGGAAUGGUAUGUACAGACGGCACGGUGCGUACGUCGAGGUGUUUGCAAUGCUGCUGGGAAUGUUUUCGUACAGCUUUCUUGCGCACGGUGUGAAAUACAAGCGGAACCAGCAUGAUACGGCGAAAAAUGUGUGCGAUGAUCUUCUGCCAUUCGUUUGCCGCUUGUUCGAACCAUGGGUUGUACCGUGCGGGGGAGCUACCUCCACUCAAUCAGGGUCAUCGUACACCAAAACUGCCGCAGCAUCCGUGAACGAUAAAGCCAAGUGGAUGUUUUCCGCACUGCUGUACACGAUCAAAUACGCGAUCGCUGAGGUGGCUGACGAUUGUAGCCAAAUACUGCUGUACUUCCUGAACUGGUAUCUGGAGUGGUUCAUCGCUCCGCACAUGAUGAUUUCCGCCCUGUACGUGUACAACACGCUCGUGCUGGAUCUGCCCUGGGAGCAUUUGCAGCCUUCCGAAAUGCUGAUCGAGCGGAUGCACACCCUGCUGGAACACCACAGUCCCGAGUGUCAUGAAUUUUUGGCAUGCGUGUUUGUGCGCUGCUGCUGGAUGGGAGGGAAACCCGUACCAGUACCAGCCUGGUUGCAACGAAGCCAUGCCGCAACGCUGGCCAUCUGCGUGCGCAUAGCCUACGAGCCGGUGAUACGGUCCGAGGCCAAACUACGCACUGCGAUGGUACGACUGUUGCAGUAUUUCGGACGCCUGUCGUGGGAAACACUGCACGUGGCUGAACUAACACCCGCACUGGAUUGGUUCGUCAUGACGGCGGAAGCGGACAGCAUGUUGCGCACACCGAAAGCACCGUGUCGUGAGCUAGACGACGCACUGUUCGAAUUCCUUGAAAUCGUUGCCGGAGUGCGCUUUAACGAAGCGAACCGGCUUGUUUCGGGUGGUAUGCAGCUGAUAAAACGCAAACUUUACAUCAGUGUCGUCGUGCGAAUGUUGAUGAACGCCGGCAGAGCAUCCGGUACGGUGGCAAACGGUAAGCCACUGCUAGCCGGAUCCGUACGCCAGUCGCUACGUACGAUAGGGGCCGUGUUGGAAGGUUUACCAUCAGCACAGGACACCGGUACCGACUGUCCACGUUCGACCGAGGCACGUGCCAUGACAGUGGAACUGCUGACGAGCAUCAAAAAGUGGCAAACGGUGAACACAUUGAGUCUUUUUGUAGAUGAACUUAUUCACAUGCUGGAAACCGAUACCAAUGCACGGUUAUUGACACGAUACGUGCUCGAGUCUGCAUCCCUGUUAGACAGCCCUGCUGUACCUUGGCUUCGUUUGCUAGAGAAAGCAGUCGGCCAAUAUUUGUGUCCGAACGGAACAGUCGCUGCUUCCACAUGGUUGCAAACAUUAAAUACCAUCGGAUAUACGGCAAUCGAACGGUGGCAGCAUGAGCUGCUGUUACAAAACUGUUUACCAUUCUGCCUGGAACUGCGCUUCCUGCAUCACUGGACAAAAGCACGGUGUGACCCGGUAGCCCAACACAGGCUAGUGAACCAACUGCUAACAACACUGUUUGAGCUAAAAAUCAGCGAACCAGUCGAGUACCAACUCUAUCCGCUUUGGUGCAGCCUAGCCUACAGCCUGGCCACGGUGCAACCGGACCCGGAUGCAGCGUUCCGUACUGCGAUCGGUCUGUUCGGUACGGUGAGCGAGGACAGCACGUACGGGGUGGUGGACAUGCUGAAGAAAAUAUUCUGGAAGGAUAAACAAACAACCGCCCGCAUCAGUGCCACACGCUGUCUGAUUGGCAGUGCGUUUGCCGUACUGCUCGCACAAGUCUAUGCCCGGCGCGCACCAAAUCAAACGUCCGACACACCCGUAACGGACGGUUACAGCGAUACUGGCACCGGCAACAGUGCGCCGAAACCGUUCACGCUAUCGCAGCUAUUGAGCGCACCGGAAAAACACGCCACGCGCGAAAGAAUCGUGUCUGCGGCGAUGGAUCAUUUCAACAGCACAUGCGGUGCGUCAGGGAACAAGGACUACCAUAGCCGGAUCAUUGCGAUCGUCGAGACGGUUUGCGGGGCGGAUGAACCGCACCGAAGCUUCCAGCACGCCAAAGAUGUGAUCGUUUUGUUGGAUAGUCGAUCGGAACCAUUGCUUACCACACUCCUGGAAGCGAUUACCACGUGAUAGUUUAGGGCAAGACCGUAACGCAAUGCUAGACGCUUGGCUGUUUGCAUUCCCAUGCAGGUUAGAUUUGUUAAGUUUACCAUGUACAUGCUAGGAAACCGGACGACGGAAAACCAAAUAAAAUGAA